UCUCUUCGAAGUCCCCCCAAAAAAAAAAAAUCGAAACAACCCAAAAGAAAACAACGCACACUUAAAAACGGAUCCGAAACCAGAAAAAAUAACUGAAAACCCUAACCCUAGCCGCGAGUUUAUCCUAUUUCUCUUCCCUUCUGUGGCUAUUCAUUUUUCUUUUAUUUCUUUUUGAAAAGACUUUUAGUGGAACUUGAUUUUUAGGGUUAGGGUUUUGUGUUUACGAGGGGCGGAGAUAGGAUAGGAUUAGGAUUAGGGUUCGACGGUUAUGGAAUGCGAAGGGGGCGGUGGUGGUGUUGGUGGUGGUUGUUGUUGUCGGUGGUGACCGAAGCCCUAUGCCACCGGCAGAAGAAGAUGAUGGGUAGGGGUGCGGAUGGAGGUUGCGGCACCGAGGAGAGGCCUUGCCGCCCAAUCUCUAGGAUUCCGGGUCGGAGUCCAGUGACCCAACCUAAGAAUGCCGAGAAGCAAAUUUCCAGCGACGUUGGUGUUGAUUUCUUUUCGCAGGCACGGAAAGCCCUUUGCGAACGUUCCCCUUUUGAUGUCCCUGUAGAUGGCUCUGUUUCCGGGUCGAGUGUGCCAACGCUGCCCAGUGGACUGGCUAGUUUGUUGAAGCAGACUGAUAGUAGGAAGAGGCAUAAGAAGUCGCAUUCGGGAGCGGAUAAGAAGUCUUCGAGACAGGGGGAAAGGGCGCGAGGCGGGAGCAUUUGGGUUGAAACGGAAGAGUAUUUUAGGGACUUGGCAUUGCUGGAUAUUGAUGCUUUGUUUGGGAUUACUUCGUUUAGCUUUUUAGCUGCUAGGAAGAAGUGUUUUGUGAUUCCUUACGUUGGAAAUGAGCCGAGGGAGAAUUUAAAUUUGGAUGCUGACAUGGAUGAGAAGGCGAAUGUGAGUAGUGGAGAGAACUUUCAUGUUAGGAAUGAAAAUGGUGAUGUCCAUAAAGAAGACGGGACGGAGAUGGUCAAGGAGGAGGAUGGGCAGUUAAUGGAAAUUGAUAGGGUGGUAACUCAAGCUCAGUUUCCAGCGAAGGAAGAAAAAGUAUGUUCUGUUUCAGAUUCAGCUAGUGGUUUAGAGUGGCUUUUAGGCUCUAGGAGUAGGUUACUGUUAACUUCAGAGCGGCCUUCAAAGAAGCGGAAGCUUCUUGGAGAGGAUGCUGGGCUGGAGAAAGUAUUAAUUGCGUGUGCAUGUGAUGGGAAUUCAUCUUUAUGUCACUUCUGUUGCACGGGUGAUACCAGAAAGGAAUCAAACAGAUUGAUUGUUUGCAGUUCUUGUAAGGUUGCUGUUCAUCAAAAGUGCUAUGGUGUGCAAAAUGAUGUAGAUAGUUCUUGGUUGUGUUCUUGGUGUAAGCACAAAAAUGAUGGCAAUGAUACGGUGAAGCCUUGUGUACUUUGUCCGAAGCAGGGUGGUGCUUUAAAGCCCAUCCAAAAGAGUGAUGAAAAUGUUGGGUCUGUGGAGUUUGCUCACUUGUUUUGUUCGCACUGGAUGCCUGAGGUUUAUAUAGAAGACUUGACAAAGAUGGAACCAAUUAUUAAUGUGGGAGGAAUAAAGGACACCAGAAAGAAAUUAGUCUGUAGUGUAUGCAAAGUGAAGUAUGGUGCAUGUGUUCGGUGUAGUCAUGGAACUUGCAGAACCUCCUUCCAUCCUAUAUGUGCGCGAGAAGCCAGGCACAGAAUGGAAGUUUGGGGAAGAUAUGGGUGUGAUAAUAUUGAGUUACGGGCUUUUUGCUCUAAGCAUUCAGAUAUCCAUGAUAACAGCAGUUCCCCACAACUUGGAGAACUUUGUGCAGCUGGCAGUGACUCUUCGUUCACUGACCAACCUUCCCCAACAUCAAUAGAUAAUUCUCAAACGUUAAAGAUUGGCCUAAAAAAUGGAGAUAAAAUUGCAGUGCACGUAGAAGCUCCAGAUGAUAACUCUGAUAAAUCUGGUGAUGGUGAAUUACAAGAGAUAGGCUUGCCUGAUGCCAGAUCAAAUACCAGAGUUGCGUCAGAAUUUGGUGAUGCACAGCAGCUUGUUGAUGUGGGGUUGUUGGAGAGGAGCAAUGGUGAUGAUGUUUACCCAUCUGACUCCCUUAACCUUGCACUGAUUUUGAAGAAGCUAAUUGACCGAGGCAAAGUCAAUGUAAAAGAUGUAGCAUUGGAGAUUGGACUCUCACCUGAUUCUCUGAGUGCUACAUUAGAUGAGGAUAGCUUGGCACCCGACUUGCGAUGCAAAAUAGUGAAAUGGCUUAGAAAUCAUGCUUAUAUGGGUCCUUCCCAAAAAAAUUUAAAAGUUAAGAUAAAGUCUUUGAUUUCAUCCAAGGGUGAGGCUGGAGCAAUUGAUAGUUCUGAUGAUAUAAUGGUAUCAGAGUCUGAUAUAACAGAUCCUGUUGCAGUUAAGUCAGUACCCCCUCGGAGAAGAACCAAAAGUAAUGUAAGGAUUUUGAGGGAUAACAAAGUGGUAUGCUCAUCUGAUGAAAUUAUUAAUGAUAAUGGGGUAGUGAUGGAUGAAGGUAGGGUUGAUGGACUUGCUAACGAAGAAACAAAUGAUUCAAGUAAAGCAUUCAUUCCUGAUGCCUCUGGAAAGAAUUCAACCAAGCGUGAUGGUUCCCUGGACUCUUCAAAGAGACAUUUGCCCACAUAUGCAGGAAAUUCAGUUGAUCCUUUAAAUGACAGCCUCUCUGAAAGGAGUCAAUUAGAGAGGGCAACCACUCCUGACAAGAAUACUGCAGCAAAUUCAGAUCAAGCAAAUUUUAUUUGCCCAACUGUGAAUCCAAUUAUCCCUGAUCUCAUAAGAACUGAAGAAUUUUCUAAUUUUUACAUUCAUCCCUAUAUACACAAGAAAUUGCUGCAGAUGCAUAAUGGGAUGCUUUAUAAGAAUAGAGUAGGUGAGUUUGAAGGCAGAAAGGACAAAUUAAAAGAGUUUGGUGGUGCAAGGGAAGGAGAUCUCUCUCGCUUGGUGGCAUCCUCUAAUGCCAGUGUUUGCUGUAGUCAUGAAAGUGAAAAUUCAAAGUGCAAUGACAAGAGUUGUUCAUCUGAUGAUUCAGAGCAGUUGGUUAAGGCAAGGAAAUCGGGAGCUCUCAAAUUUUCUCCAGAAGAUGAAGUUGAAGGAGAAAUUAUUUAUUAUCAGCAUAGAUUACUGGGCAAUGCAGUUGGAAGAAAUUGUUGGACUGAUAAUUUAGUUUCUAGGGUGGCUAAAAGUCUACCGCAGGAGGUUGAAGCAGCAAGGGGACAAAGGUGGGAUGCUGUGCUUGUUAACCAAUAUCUUUAUGAUCUAAGAGAAGCAAAGAAGCAAGGCCGGAAAGAGAGAAGACAUAAGGAGGCACAGGCUGUGUUGGCUGCUGCAACUGCUGCUGCAGCUGCAUCUUCAAGGAUUUCAUCAUUAAGGAAAGAUGGCUUGGAAGAUUCCAGUCACCAAGAGAAUGUAUUGAAGUUGAAUGCUUCUGGUGGGAGGGCUGGCAUUAACUAUCAGCCAAGAGCAAAAGCUGCACUUUCUAGGAAUGUUGUUUCAAGGAUUUCGUCUGAAAAGUACUCUGAUAUUGUUCAAUCAGUGUCAGAUUUUUCUAAAGAACAUCCCAGGUCAUGUGACAUCUGCAGGCGGUCUGAGACAGUGCUGAAUCCUAUUUUAGUCUGUUCUGGUUGCAAGGUUGCAGUUCACUUGGAUUGCUAUCGCAAUGUUAAAGAAUCUACAGGUCCUUGGUGCUGUGAAUUAUGUGAAGAAUUGUUUUCAUCUAGAUCCUCUGGAGCUGCAUCUCUAAAUUUUUGGGAGAAACCUUAUCCUGCUGCUGAAUGUGGUUUAUGCGGUGGUACUACCGGUGCUUUUAGAAAAUCUGUGGAUGGUCAGUGGGUACAUGCUUUCUGUGCUGAGUGGGUUCUUGAAUCAACAUUCAGAAGGGGACAAGUAAAUCCUGUAGAAGGAAUGGAGACUGCUUCAAGGGGGGUUGACAUUUGUUGUAUAUGCCGUCGCAAGCAUGGUGUGUGCAUUAAGUGUAGUUAUGGUCACUGUCAGACCACGUUUCAUCCCUCCUGUGCUAGAAGUGCCGGCUUCUAUAUGAAUGUGAAGCUUGUUGGUGGCAAAUUGCAGCACAAGGCAUAUUGUGAAAAGCAUAGCGUGGAGCAGAGAGCAAAGGCUGAAACUCAGAAACAUGGAAUUGAGGAGUUGAAAAACAUGAAACAAAUUCGGGUUGAACUGGAGAGGUUACGCCUUCUUUGUGAAAGAAUCAUCAAACGUGAAAAAUUGAAGAAGGAGUUGGUUGUUUGCUCUCAUGAAAUACUUGCUUGCAAAAGAGAUCAUGUUAGUCGUUCAGUGCUUGUACAUAGUCCUUUUUUCCAUCCGGAUGUUAGCUCAGAAUCUGCAACAACUUCUCUCAAGGGCCAUACGGAUGGUUACAAAUCAUGCAGUGAAGCAGUGCGGUCGGAUGAUGUAACUGUGGACAGUACUCUUUCAGUUAAGCACCGUGUGAAGGUUCCUGUGUCUAUGGACAAUGAUCAAAGGACUGAUGACAGCUCAACUUCCCAGAGCCUUUUUGUUCGGAAGCCAACAGAGAGGGUGCCAUUUUCCGGGAAGCAAAUCCCUCAUAGAUAUUCUCUUGCAUCGCGUAAUGGUUUGGAUAAUGCAGAAUGGAACUCAAAAUCAAGAAAGCCUAUUGAAACAUUUGAAAAGGAGUUGGUAAUGACAUCAGAUGAAGCAUCUAUGAAGAAUUCACGGUUACCCAAAGGAUAUUGUUAUGUUCCUGUUGAUUGUCUUCCUAAGGAGAAGCAGAUCACGCAGGAUGCUUGUUCUGAUGGACAAUUGGAGCACAAUGGAUAAGAGGAGGCUGAGUCAAUACCUGGGUGUUCAAUUGCCUAGCGAUGGGAGGGUGGCAGCCAUAUGUGACCCUUAAUAGCUGCUUUCUGUGCGGAGGUGCCUUGUUUAUCAGAUUAUGAAGGCAGUACAAUGGCAGGAUGAAUGCCGAGAUGGAGAUGUGAUUGGGGCCAGUGUCGCCUUGAUGAUAGGGGAGCCACAUUCUGGCUCGGGAUGGUAAGUUUUGGCAACAUUGUUGUAUAUUCAUUGUGAGAGUAAUUGUACAGUGGGUGAGGGAUUAUUCCAUCAUGUUUUGUCAAGGGGUAGAAAAUUCGUAGGGGUUGGGGACAGGAGAUCUGCAUAGUGUAACUCUAUGUGAAUGUGAGGAAUUAAACAAAAAGAAAAAGGUGUUGCCUGCUGUGCGUGCUCUGUAUAGUUAGUGUGUACAUAUUCUUUGAACAUUUUAAUCUGCAAAGGAAAUCUUGCUCAAAAAAAAAUUGAUACAAGCAUCUGAAUCCAUUUCUCCUCGAAUUUUGAAAGA